UUAUAGACGGCCAAGUUGUUGCGGAAGUGACAACAUUUCGGAAAACGACAGAUGACAGCGAAAUAGCUAUCGUAAAUGAAAUUGUUGUCCACAAAUAAACUGUACAAUAAAGACGUCGACGAAAAGGCUGCUGUCCUAAUGUGGAGGCGGAGCAGAACUUGCGUUGAGCACCUGCCUGUGUUGCCAUGGGUUCACCCCCCUUGUUCCUGCUCCUCCUGGGCCUGACCCCUAUGCUCUGUCUGACUGUUCAUACCCUCCACACGUCCGCCCCUCCCGCGGCUCCUCCACCCUCCUGUGGGCCGGGCAAGUCCUGGGCUGUCCGGUUGCACACAGACUCAGAGCUGCUGGAGGCUGAUGGCUCCACCCUGCACGAGCUGGCCAGCAUGGUGGCUGAGCAGGCUGGCCUAGAGAACAGGGGCCAGAUAGGGCAGCUGGAGGGCCACUACCUGCUCUGUGCCGGCCCCGAGGAGGAGGGCAGAGCGGGGGACGUGCUGGCAGCCCACCCUCAUGUGCUCUGGCACUCCCAGGAGCAGGUCCUCAGCCGCUCCAAGAGGGCAAUGGCCUUCAACGACCCCAGAUACCCCUUCCAGUGGCACCUGCACAACGAUGUCAUGGAGGGCAUGGACAUCAAUGUGACUGGUGUAUGGGAGCGCAACAUCACAGGGACAGGGGUGACAGUGGUGGUUGUGGAUGAUGGGGUUCAACACACCCUCCAGGAUAUUCAGCCAAACUAUAGUCCAGAGGGCAGUUAUGACUUGAACUCCAACGACCCGGACCCCAUGCCCCACCCGGACGCCCUCAGUGACAACCACCACGGCACGCGCUGCGCCGGGGAGAUCGCCGCCGUCUCCAACAACAGCUUCUGUGCUGUGGGCGUGGCCUAUGGCAGUAAAGUGGCAGGUAUCAGAGUCCUGGAUGGGCCGCUCACAGACAGUAUGGAGGCGGUGGCUUUCAAUAAGCACUACCAGAUCAACGACGUCUACAGCUGCAGUUGGGGUCCUGAUGAUGAUGGCCGCACUGUUGAUGGACCACACCCCUUGGGCAAGGCGGCGCUGCAGCACGGCGUGAUUGCUGGCAGAAGGGGCUUCGGCAGUAUCUUUGUCGUCGCCAGUGGCAACGGAGGCCAGAACGAGGACAACUGCAACUACGAUGGCUAUGCUAACUCAAUCUACACUGUUACCAUUGGAGCAGUAAAUGAGGAAGGGAAGAUGCCCUUCUAUGCUGAGGAGUGUGCCUCCAUGUUGGCUGUCACCUUCAGCAGUGGGGGCAGAACGCUACGCAGUAUUGUGACGUCAGACUGGUCACUGCAGCAGGGCACGGGCUGUACUAACGGGCACACGGGCACCUCGGCGGCGGCACCCCUGGCGGCUGGCAUGGUGGCUCUGAUGCUGCAGGUCCGGCCCUGUCUCACCUGGAGAGACGUGCAGCACAUCAUCACCUACACAGCCACACAGUAUGAUGUGCAAGGGGAUUGGAAAAUCAAUGGAGCGGGCUUCCACCACAGUCACCAGCACGGCUUCGGCCUGCUCAACGCCUGGCGGCUGGUCAACGCUGCCAAGGUGUGGGAGAUGGUGCCGUUCCUAGUGUCCUAUCAGAGCCCAGUGCUGAAGGAGGUGGAGCUUAUCCCAGCCUAUCCGGAUCAACUCAACCUAACCUGGAACGUCACUGCAGCUGACCUCAGGCAGUCCGGGAUGCAAACCUUGGAGCACGUGUCUGUCACCUUGACAAUGGUCCAUUCUCGCCGUGGCAACGUGGAGAUUGUACUACUCUGCCCCAGUGGCAUGACCUCACUCAUCGGGGCGCGCCGUACUCUGGACAUGGAUACCUCUGGUUACUCAGACUGGACGUUCUCCACUGUGCGCUGCUGGGGGGAGAGAGCCGAGGGCCAGUACAGGCUGCAAGUCUCUGACCACAAAGACCCUGGGUUGACCCUGGGCUCUCUGAAGCGCUGGAAGCUCACUCUGUACGGCUCCUCUCUGUCCUUCGAAGAGGUCAAGGAGAGACAGAGUGUAGUGGAGGAGGCUAUGGGGGGGCAGUAUCUGGACAGCAGUUUCUCCCUGCCCUGUCCUGCAGGCAUGGACAUCCCCUCUGAGACGGUCAGCCCGUUCACCUCCAAUAGCCUCAAGUCUCUGCUACUGCUGGGCUGCUUUGCUCUCUUCUGGUCCUUGUACUACACCCUGGAGGUGACCCUAGCCAACCUGGACUUUAGAGGACUGUGUCGGCGGGGCAGGGGGUCACGGGGCUCCCGCGGGGGCUGGGGGAGAGGCACUGGAACUCUGGGGGACAGCUCUGAGCUGGAGAUGCAGAGUGCGUUGGACUCAGAGUACAAGGUGCCCUUCAUCACUGGAGACACUGCCACAUAACACUGGAGAAAACCUCUGUCCUUUCUCCUUACGACAUCCCACCCACUGCUCAACAGUCUGGGCCUGGCACCAGUGGGGCCAACUGAACUGAACUGGAGACUGAACUCCAACUAUGGGCUGGAACUGUGUGCUCACUGGCCAAAUCAUUGCUCCCCAAGCCUGUGGCCUUUUAUCAGUGUUGCAGUGCCCCAUGUGUGUGUGAAAGUGUACUGCGGUGGAGCAACCUAAACCCCCUGUAUCUCUCAGGAUCCUCCGGUCUCACCUAGCAGUGCUAUAGAGGUGGUAGUUUGACUUGGUCUUUGGGUUGGAGUAUAUAUCACUAGUUUGGUUCAGUCCCAUACCUGGGUCUUUUAGUGUGGGACUAGGUGUGACGGACAACCAGACAGAGCAUUACUCCCGGGGCCGUUUCCUGGACAACCCGACAGAGCAUCACUCCCGGGGCCGUUUCCUGGACAACCAGACAGAGCAUCACUCCUGGGGCGGUUUCCUGGACAACCAGACAGAGCAUCACUCCCGGGGCCGUUUCCUGGACAACCAGACAGAGCAUCACUCCCGGGGCCGUUUCCUGGACAACCAGACAGAGCAUCACUCCCAGGAUGGUUUCCUGGACAAAGAUUAAGGCUAAUCUUGGUCAGGAUUAGGUUUAGUCUGGGUUUAUGGCAAACUUCUAAAGUUUAUUAGGUGUGUACCAUGGGAAGGCAUUACAAUGCUGUGUGUGUGUGAAUGUGUUUUAAAAUGUAAAUGGUGUUUGGUUCUGAGGAUGUGUGUGAGUGCUCUUGACUAUGGUUACUUUAAGUUAUUUUUUAAAAUUAAAGGUGUUACUCAUAGGAUUUUAUAAAAAUGUUACAUUGUAAUUUCAGAAAAUGUCCAUAAUACACUGUGUACAUAACAAACACCUUCCUAUUAUUGAGUUGCACCCUCCCUUUUGCCCUCAGAACAGCCUAAUUUUGUCGGGGCAUGGACUCUACAAGGUGUCAAGCAUUCCACAGGGAUGAUGGCACAUGUUGAUGCCAAUUACUCCCACAAUUGUCAAGUUGACUGGAUGUCCUUUGGGUUGUAGAACAAGUUGCUUUCGGUUUUGAUCCACCAGCUUCAAACAGCUGUAAAAUAAUAUUUUUUGCAACGAUUGAGAUGGUACAAUGGUUCAACACUAUUCAAUGCUUGUUUUUGCACAUAAAUUGAGCGAACAGUGUAGAAUUUGAGCAGCUAGGAAAUAAGCAAUUUCCACUAGAUAAGUCAGAACAGCUUUCCUAUUUUAAGAUGCCGUUCUGGUGGGAGAAUACAGGUAAGAGAAUACUGUGAAACACUAUUAGCGACAGAUAUUUUAUGGUCAUUUUCUGAAAUUACCAUACAAAAAAAUAAAUCCUAUGUGUAGAAAUUUUAAAGCUACAAUAUGUAACUAUUUGGGCGACCUGACCAAAUUCACAUAGAAAUGUGAGAUAUUUAAUUCCUAUUGAAAGCAGUAUAAGAAGCAGUAGAUCUGUGCUUCCCAUUCUGAAGUUUUGUUUUUGCUUCUUUUGGACACCAACUUCAAACAGCUGAAUAUACAAUAUUUUUGGUUAUGGAAAAUAUUUCACAAUGACUUAGAUGGUACAAUGAUUCUCUACACAAUGACGGUUUUGUCACAAACUGAAAUUAGGGGAACUAUUCUAAUUUUAGCAAGCAGGGAAUGGUGGAGCGAUUUCUGCAUAGUGCACCUUUUUAACUUAAUUAUUUUGUAAACAGACCUCUCGUUUGGGCGUGGUGGUUUUGGAAUGUUAUUUUGUGCAGACUAUAUACAUUUUUCUGGUACUUGAUUUGGGGGUUGAAUGUGUUUUUAUAUCAACUGUAAUAUGUUACAAUCAACAAUAUUUCAGAGUUUUUGAUUUUUUUAAUGAACUGAAACAAAUGUGUUUACUGGACUAAACUGGAAGCCUGUUCCGCUGAUCAAGUCACAGCUUGACUGAGUAAAAUUAAUUGGAGUUUCA